AUGUCUAAUAUAGUGCACACGAAGGUGCACCCACUACCCUCGAUACUACCCAUGGUAAUGAUCACAGUGUUGAACCUGAAACUGUUCCUGCUCCUGGUCCUUUACCAGAUACAGGAACUGUUCCAGGGACAGGAGUUGCCCCAGGGCAAGAUGGCCAUGGGACAACACGAACAGCAGCAGUCCAACCACCACCAGCAGUUAGAAUACUUUGGAAUGCUUCGUAAGACAAGAAAACGUUACAGAAGAGCUCGUGAAGUACGUGGUCCACUUCCCUCAGAACAGCAGAUUGUUGACCAUGUGGAUGAGCACCUUGGUCCACGUGAAUAUAUCUUAGUAAAGGAGCGCAAACCUCGUUCUACGUCUAUAAAAAGAAGGAAAAAACAGGGCGUUGGUAAACGUGCCGUUCGUCGCCGCGGUGGUCGUCGCCGCAUAAUUAUUGAUAUUCAUUUAGAAGUCUUAGACGAAUGUCAAAGGGGGGACACGCAACUGGUCCAGGAAGACUUUUUUGAAAUUUUGGUUCAAGAAUUUAUGGGAAGCGAAUUUAUAAAAGAAAAAAAUAUUCCUAAGGAAGAGAUUCCAAGUUCAGAUUCGGGGUUUUACGGAGGAAGGCUUUGUUCCUAA